AUGCUGUGGCUCGGCACGGCUCGGGGUACUGGCUUGGCUGCGUCCCUCAGCUCGAGCAUCUGCUCCUCGAGAAAUGCCGGUGCUGUCUCUUGCUCCGGCGUUGCUGCUGCGAUCAGCCCAAUUUGGAAGUCGCACUCACAAUGCGGUCGUCACCCGCGCUCCUCGUACUCCACUGACGCUCCCUGUAGCUCUACACUAGCCACGCGCAUAGACCCACGCGAUUCGAGUGCGCAAAGACGCGCUUCUAGCAGUCCCCUGUGCUCCCUCAGUUCGAGUAACACCAGCAGACGUGGAGCACCUCGCUCGCCGAUAAUCGCCGCACUAGGCGUCAGACAUCGCUCAGACGCAGCAGCAACUUCUGCCCCACAGAACACAUCUGCUUCCCCUCCACCACCCAAAAUCCCUUCCACAUUCCCAGAGCCGAAGGCGAGCAUCGAAGUGCAAGCAAGAGCAUCGCAGACGUCUAGCACUGGAGAGGCUCCAAAGCUAUCCUUACCUGUUCGAAUCUUCAAGCAAGCCAAGGACCGAUUGCUAGCAGCUGCUUCUCAAUCCGCGGCCAAAGGAGCAGGAACAAGUCAAGGUGCGGAUAAUACGCCCCCGCCCACCUUUCCCGAUAUUCGGAGAUUAUUCUCGCUGGCAGCAUCCGAAAAGAGCCGAAUUGUCCUCGCAUUGGCUCUUCUAGUCAUCAGCAGCGCUGUAUCGCUAUCUGUGCCCUUCGCCAUCGGCAAGGUCAUCGAUUUCUUCACCAAUGGCGAAUCUUCACUCCUCGGUCUCAGCUUCUCUAGCGUCGCCGCGCUCCUCCUCGUCAUCUUUACCGUUGGCGCGAUCGCAAAAGCGGGCAGCAACAUCAUGCUGGAGCUGGCUGGUGUCAGGAUCGUGCAGAACAUGCGCGAAAAGGCCUACGCUACAGCGCUGCGGCAAGAGGUCGAGUGGGCUGAUCGAAGCUCGGGAGACGUGGUGAGCAGGCUCAACGUCGACACUACCAUUCUUGGUGAGCAGCGAGCGACUGCCAGACCACUGUUGCACACGCUCACAUCACGAUCCUGGCAGGCGAUGCGAUCACGUCUGACAUCGGAGACGGCUUGCGAGCCGGGGUGACGGUCAUCUUUGCAGGCACGGCCAUGUUCUGGAUCUCUACCAAGCUCACCCUGCUCAUGUUGGCUGUCGUACCGCCAGCUGCGAUCGGAGCAGUCUUUUACGGCCGCUACCUGCGAGACUUGACGAACAAGACGCAGGAAGCUGUAGGAGGCAUGACCAAGGUGGCCGAAGAGAGAUUGGUGGGACCCGCUUUCCGAACUGUGACUGCAUUUGGCACGCAAGUCGAGGAGACCCAGCGCUUUGCGAAGAAAGUGCGCGAAAUUGUCGCGCUCGAGACCAAGGAAGCCUACGCCUCGGGCAUCUUCUAUGGAGGCACGGGUCUCGUUGGAAAUUGCGCCAUCCUCACGCUCCUCACAGUGGGCGGUUCUCUCGUGGCGAGGGGCCAAAUCACUGUUGGAGAUCUGACCAGCUUGCUGAUGUACACUGCCUAUUUAGGAGGUGGUCUCGCCAGCUUGACCCACUUUUUCGCGUCUCUUAUGCGCGGUGUCGGAGCAGGUGCUAGAGUGUUCCAGCUCGUAGAUCGCGUGCCCGAACAGAUCAGGCUCGAAGAAGGGGAGAAGACGCUGCCCGCUCGAGGAGCCAUCGCCUUUGAGGACGUGCACUUUGCGUACCCUUCAAGACCUCAACAAAGCAUCCUCAACGGCGUCUCGCUGACCAUUCGACCUGGUGAAUCAGUCGCUCUGGUUGGAGGGUCCGGGGUCGGCAAAUCGAGCGUGCACGCUCUGCUGCUUAGAUACUACGAUCCCGACUCGGGAAGCAUCACGAUCGGAGGCAAGGAUAUCCGAGACGUCGAUCCGCAAAGUCUGCGUUCCCUGAUCGGCACUGUAUCGCAAGAGCCAACCAUCUUUGAAGGCACUAUUGCCGAAAACAUCUCGUACGGUACUCCAAAUACCAGCAGAGAACGAAUCGAGGAAGCGGCACGUCUGGCGAAUUGCACGGACUUUAUCGCUUCGCUACCACAAGGCUUGGACACGCACAUCGGGCCACGCCAACUCAGCGGAGGACAACGACAACGAAUAGCCAUUGCGCGCGCACUGAUCCGCAAACCUAGCAUCCUGCUGAUGGACGAAGCGACAUCUGCGCUGGAUUCCGCUUCCGAGUAUCUGGUCAAUCGAGCCAUCGAGUCCAUCAUUGCGCAAGGUGAAAUCACGGUCUGGAUCGUCGCGCAUAGGCUAAGCACCAUCAAGUCUGCAGGCACGAUUCUUGUGCUGGACGGAGGACGCGUCGUCGAGUCCGGUCCUUUCAACCAGCUGGACAGACCAGGUUCUAGGUUCCGUGCGCUCAUGGCUGCCCAGCUCCAGAGUGGCAGCACGACUUUGGAUGGGCCAGCGUCGUCGCCGUCGCCGUCGGCUAACAAUGGGACCGACUCGCAUACGGUGCGUGAUUGAUCCGAGGUGCGUCUCAGGCGCAGACGCCGCCGUCGGGGAUUCCAAGCUUACACGCGGUCGACACCCCAGCCGAUCGGUUCGCAGAUGGGAGCGCGGUCCUUCAGCACUUCGACGCGUCGCGCGAACAGCGAUCGCGUUUCUGGCGGGCCAGCCUCUCAAAAGAUCAUGGUGGAUGAUUUGUGUAUACCCGUGGCACCUACCUGGCGCGUUGCAGACCUCAUCGAAGAAGCACAAAAGGCUGGCACGUCCCUCACAUUGGAACACCUGCAAAAGCUGCACGAGCUGGCGGCUUUGAGAUACCCUUCUUCUCCUGAGGCGCAGCAACGACUAAAGGAAGAAUUGCAGACGCUCGUGGACCUCGUCUCUUCUGUGAGGCACGUCGAACUGCCAGAGGACAUUGCAAGUCUGGAGUUGCCUGAUGGCAAGGUGGGCCUCAAGCAUCGCUCGGCGGUAGAUAUGAGCGCGCCGACCGCUGAGGAAGAGCAAACAGUAGACAUUUUGGAUAGGCAGGCAUUACUUGCCGGUGCGAAGAAGACACAUGGAGGUCUAUUUGUCGUCGACACUGCUGCCAGGCGAAUUUAG